AUGUGCAUAAAUAGGAUAGGAUCCCCUAUAUUUCAUGACGGAAUUUUUUACAGUUUAAACAAUUCACUAGACAAUCCAGUAGAUAAAUAUACACCGAAUCUGCGAUUGCAAAGCUUCAAAUGCACUGAUAGAAGGAAUCUUUGGUAUACUAAAAAGGAUGUUCGACCCCUAACACAUAUCCUAAAUAAAUUGGCCCUUAGCAACAAUUUAUGGGCACAAAAUAAUCGUUCAUGGGAAUACCAUCAGAGCAACAUAUACUGUACACCAUCAAACUAUAUACUACUAUAUUAUCUGUCAAUAUUUGAGCACCUUGUACGAAUAAGUUCGUAUGAUUUGAGGAAAAAUAUCUCAAAGGCUAAAUUGCAGCAAAUGGACAUGUCACAGGUGUACAUGAAUAUGUUUUUGUGCUUGGAUUGUUUUAGGAAGACAAGAGAUCCAAAUUUUAUGAGAUUAGCGUAUGAAGGUCUGUCUAAGGGGUUAAAUCCAGAUAAUUGUGUAAAAAUACGUGAUUCUGUGGUGAAGGAGUAUUGGCGAUUUUACGAGCUGUUAUUGCACAAAAUUCAUCAAUAUAACUCUGAUAAUUAUUUUUCAAGGUUAUUCAGUGAUUGGGAAACUCAAAACAGUCCCACAGAUACAGCAUCUAGCGAUAAAAAUUCUACAAUUGGAGAAGAUUCUACAAUUGAAGACCGUAGUGUUGAUUCAAUCAAAAAAGGCAAAUGUCGCAGACCAACACAUUCGUAUUUGGAUUUCUCACAAUGUAGUAAUUUUGUAACCACCAAAAAUCGUAAUAUGUGA